UUCAGGCAAGAUAAUAAAGGUUUGAAUUGUGCCGACUGGAGCAGUCGUAAUAGACAGUGGAUAGAGCUGUGGAUUAAUAAUGCGGCAUCCGAUGUAGUGCAAGAACAUAGACCAUAUAGUGAUGGCACAUACGACCACUACAAUCAUUGGUAUCGCAGUAGCACAAGGAUUUUGCUCACCGGUCCUCCACCAGAUUACACACAUGCCGAUCAGCUGGUUGUAGGGACUGAACGAACAGCAGCAUACCAUCGCGAAACCUCGAUACAAGAAUAUAGGGAGAUCGCUCGGUCUGCAUCGGAUGCUUUGCGGCUGCGAAACGUGAAUAGUCCUGAAGGAAAGUCCCUGAUUAGGCGUAUUUUUAAUACGGCCAUGAACGGGCUUAAAAGAUUUGGUUGUGCUCGAGAUGACGAUGUUGUUACGCGAGAAUACGACAUGCCAGAUGCACCAUCGUCUAGACCCAGUAUGGCGCGUACGACCAGUAUGGCGCGUACGAGCAGUAUGGCACGUACGAGCAGUAUGGCGCGUACGAGCCAACCUCCUACGCGGAAUCCAUCAUAUGCACGCGUCGACUCAUCUCUACUUGACCGCUCACAAUCAGCUCGCAUGUCUCCGCCCCAUGGCGCCACACAGGAGGAGAAUAUUUUCUCUACUAAUCCGUUCGGGGAACGAUUUUCAUACACCCAAGGGGAGACUUCAAACGUCGACAACACCACUCGCCAAUCUUUUGAACCUAACUGGUCAGAGACGGAAGCUGGACUCGGCUACAAUAUGCCUCCUCCACAGCAAUCUUUUGAUCCUGCUUGGCCCAACAUGAUAGCUGGUUUCGGCCACAAUAUGGCCCCGCCACAGGGUACUGAGCAUAUGCAGGAAGAAUACUAUCCCGGAACUUCUAGUCAACCUGAGAAUCAAGGGAUAUUUAAUGAAUUCUUUGGAGCUGACAUUAUAAGCACACAAGGCAGUUUAAUUCCUCCGGCGACACAAUCUCAACAUGUAUUACAAACUCCACCACAGAACUAUGAGGCCCACACAGAUGAGGAGCACGAACAGUACGGUCGAGGUUUGCGCCAACAUCGUAUACCAAAUCCUUGGUCGCCUUCUGGUGCUAAGCAGAGACCACCACGCCGUCGUCGAUAAGGGUGAUAUGUUGACGACUCUGCCAUAUUACUAUUAUUUCUAUCUAUGUAUGACCUAUGUAUGAGACAUAUUUCUAUAAUUUCGAAUAAUUAUUCAA